AUGUUAUCCCUCUAUUCGUUGCAAAUGCCACCACAGUUCGGCAACUGCACAACUUCACAGAAAGGCCAAGCAGCCGUUGUGACCCUUGCCGAUUUCCGUGAGAUCUACAAGUGCUCGGCCGUGGAACAACCGAAUAAGCUUGGGCAGAGGCGGAGAUACGUCACUGGAUUUGUGUCAAGGAAGCUUGCAAGCCAGACAUCCUGUUCCGAAUGCAAGGACGCCUUGGCUGGACAAAAGGGUGUUUUAGCGGUGCCCGAAGAGCUUGUCAACUGCAAGACAAGAGGCAAUCUGACACAUCCAAGCAUGUAUCUCUUCAACCUCUUCAGGGAAGCCGAAGAGCAAUUCUCGAAACAUGCCAGCGACAGGGAUGCUUACGACAAAACAAUUGACGCCAUGCUCGAAAAUUUCCAGUUCACUUUCCCUUGCGUUCGCCAUAAGCAAGCAAUGCUUGCCAACUUGCUGCACUACUAUGUGUGCCUACGUAUGCGCCAGUAGUGAUGGAAGUUGAAAAACAAGCACACCAAAGAGAGUCAGGACGUGCGUAAAAUGCCAAAACUUGUAUCAGCUCCAUCCGGGGCGAGCGCAAUUUAGAUGUAAUUUGACGUGUAUUCAGCACUAUGUACAUAUGCCAUGCUCCUCUUGAACUAAAUAUCUAGUCGAAUGCUCUGAUAUGGUUUUCUUCGCCGUUUCAUGCAAAGAGAGAACCGUGGUGACCAUCAUUUUCUUUUUUUACAAGAUAGCGCGAAGAUUCUUAACUGAUCUCUGUUAGUACAGUACAUAUGGUGCCACUAUCAUUAAUAAUAAUCUUAUUUCAUGUGACAUGCGACCCCAAGCGAGGCUGCA